AUGUCUGGUCUUCUGGGAAAAGUGGCCGAUCAACUGUCCGGGCAGAAGCUAUCUCAACCUUCGAGCGGAUCAUCGGGACUCAUGCACAAAAUGACGGAUGCCUUGACCGGUCAAAAGCAUCCCCAAGACUCUCAGAACUAUACUCAGAUGUAUGGAAACAAUCAGCCAGCAGGACCUUACGCCGCGGAAGGAUACCUGACGGGCCAGUUUAUUCGUCCGGAAAGUCAGGAGCACUAUCAGCCUCCCUAUGGGCAGGGACAUGGAAAUUAUAACGCCCCGAGUGGUGGCUUUGGAGGCUACAACGAUGGAAGAGACUUCUACCCCAGCCAAUCUCACAACGGCUAUCCUGGUGGCCCUGUUCCCCACGGAGGCGAAUAUUCCUCUCAUCAGGAUCCUUACGCCAGACGUGAUGCGUCGGAUGGCCAUGGUCACCGCAACGAGCAUCGAAGGGAAUAUCCUGAGCGCAGCCACAACACCCCAGGUGGCUACACAGGCCAUGGCGAGUACAGAGGCGGACAUAAUGGUCCAGUAAAUUAUGGCGGAGGCCAUGAUGAGCGAGGUGCCUCUUACAACAACAACGGACAUGGCGGCUACGAAAGUGGUUACGGGCAACACGGAGAAAGUUAUCACGGUGGCCAUUGA